AUGCCUUGUGAUAAUUUACCAAAAAAUAUAGAGAAGCCACCUGUUGAUCAGCCUCAAGUAGAUAGAGAAAUGAAGAAGCAGAAGUUGCUUGCAAAAAGUUCCUCAGGUUUUCUGGAAAACAA